AUGUCGGACUCUACUCACCAUGAUAGGCCCUUGAGGUUGUUGACGAUGAACACACCAAGCGGACAAGCGGCCCAGAUUUUGGUUGAGGAGCUGCGACUGCGGUACCACGUACGAAUUGACCAUCUCGUCUUGGAUGUCAGGACCGGAGUGGCAAGAUCGAAUGGAUUCCUUGCCCUCAGCCCGAAUGGCGAGGUUCCAGUGCUGAUUGAUAACAACGCGGAUUACUUAAACAAGUCGGCGGCGCCCUUUGCUGUGUCGGGAGCUGGCGCAAUUAUGCUGCACUUGGCGAAUCAGGUUGACAAAUCUAACUUAUUUUAUGGCGCGGGUGAUCGUGAUGAUUCCGACGUGGUGAGCCUGAUGGAGUACGGCUUGACGAAUAUUGCGGUUCCCACCGAUGAAUUGAUCCAUUUCGAGCGUUCUGCCGACGUCGGGGCGCCAAUGCUUAGAGAUUACUGGAGGGCUUGUCUUCUUGAGGGGUACGAGUAUUUGGAUAAGCUGCUGGGAGGGGCGGCUGGCGGCACACCGAGGAUAUUUUGCGUGGGCAAGGGUGAUGGGGUCUAUUCGUUAGCGGAUAUGCUUAUUUGGCCGUUUGUCGCCCUUGGUGUGCGAGUGUUAGCGGGGUUCUAA